AUGUUCAAAACUGAGAAGCUCAACCUAGAGAAGAUUCGCACUGGGCUGCAGCAAGACCAUGUAUCAUUCCAAAUAUCCCUCACUUCUCAAAUAACAGAGCUUCAGGAUGAUUUGGCGAUGGAAAAUAAAGUCAUGGAUUCCCUGGCCAAAAAGAUAGGGAAGUCGUUUGAUCAGAAACAAGGGGGAGAAGGUUCAUCUAAGGAAGAUCAUACAAAAGUCCAUGCCAAGCCUGUGUUCAAGAAAGAAUCUAAGGUCAAGGAAAAACUGAUCGAAGAAAAGCCUAUUAUUGAUGAUGAUGAAGACGAAGAGCCUAAUGAAGUCAAACUUAAAAGGAAGAAGGCUCGUGAUGCUGAACUAAAUGAAGCCCAACGAAUUAUCAAAGAGGCUGAGAAAAAGGAAAGGGCAGAAAAGGAAGCUCAGGCCACUCUCAAGAGCAGAAUGUUAUUAUUUCCAAAUUGGACCUUGAAGAAGAUUCAGCGCGAUGUUGUGGACAUGCCCGAUCAAUAUUGGUUAGAUCCUGUUGCGUCUUUUGAUCGUCAAAAUACUUAG